GGAGUGAAAGUACCCGGAGGUUCUGCUCUCAGCAUGGCUCACUAACCCCAUUCCAACCCGCCCCCUCCUACAGAGUGAACUCCAGGGUCCCUCAACAGUGUUAAUAAAUACUUCUGAUGUUAUAGCUCCUUAGUUUUUGAAACAGUCCCAUACAACAUAUUUAUAAUUUAUUAUAAUAAAAUGGACCCGUUUUCUAGACUAGAGGUAUAUGAUCCUAAGUAAAACAAAUAUGAGGUAACCAUGAAGUUGUAACCAUGACGCGAAUGGAAUGAACGUGUAUGUUUACCAUGCUAAUAAAGCACCUUUGUUUUGUAUUAUAAUUAGGGAGCGGUUUGGAACUGGGCCAAGGAAAGCAAGUGAAACCUGCAGGGCGGGGGAGCAGUGACGCUGAUAUAAAGACGUAGUGGAAACACAUGCUUCAUUCAUUCAUUCAUUCAUUGAGAGGAAGUGGAGCUACGUUCUACUUUGAGACUUUAAACAGAGAGGUUUUAUGGUUCACUUCGGGGUUUUCGUGCUGGGCUUCUCUUUGGCUUUCUGGAGCUUCGCGGCAGCUCACAGAGAGGAUAAAGUGUUAGGAGCAGUGUGCUGCCAUUUGGAACGGCGCCCGUGGAAGCAGUGUAGGGCGAUGGUGCCUUGCUCAGGGACACCUCGGUAGUGUCCUCUCACAUGAAGAAGAUGAUCAUCAUCCUGCUGCUCCUCUUCCUCGCCUCCUGUGUCUCUGCCCUGAAGCAUUUUAUAUAUGUGAAUGUGACUCAGACGUCCUAUCAGGCAGAGGAGAACCAGAACAUCACCCUGGAGUGGACCUUCAGCACCAGAAGAGACACUUCACUCAGAUCCAUUUCUACCUUCUGUUACCUUUAUACUGAGGACCGAACCUCAGUCCUGUUUCAUCUAAAUGAAGGAGUUGAAUCCCCAGAGUCUCAGGAUCCUCAGUUUGCAGGACGACUCCAGUGGGACAAAGACGUCCUCACAGAAGGACGCCUCACACUUCAUGUCUCCAGACUCAGGACCAGUGACUCUGGAUUUUAUCAGUGUGACAUACUCGUCAUACCUGAUGGGAGUAACUCGAACAGAUGCUCCCUCAACGUCACUGAAGCAAAACCCAACAGCACAUUGAAGACAGAAUUACAAACUCCAGAUCCAAACCAAGAGACGGAUGUUAAAGGGCGUCAUCUGAUUGGACCAGGACAGCCAAUCGAGGCCUCUGUGGGCGAUGACGUAAUCCUCCCGUGUUCUGUGUCGCCCGACUACAACGUUGAGGAUCUGACGGUGGAGUGGUCCCUUCCCGACCUGAAGCCCGACCCCUCGGACCGCCUCAGUCGCGUCGACUACGUCUUUGUGUACCGGAGGAGGAGAGAGGAAGUGGACAUGAAGCUGCAGGAGUUCAUCGGGAGGACGGAGCUGUUCGAGGACGAGCUGAAGGUCGGAAACAUCUCGUUAAAGAUCAGCAACGUGACGCUCGCUGACGCCGGAAAAUACCGAUGUUUCAUCCCAAAGUUAGAGGGCGGCGUGAAGGAGGCGGUCGUACGACUCGUUGUUGAACCCAGAGCCAACAGCACGUUGACGACAGAAACACAAACGAAUUCUCAAACUCCAGAUCCAAACCAAGAGACGGAUGUUAAAGUUGGUCAGCCUCCACUGCGGGCCCUGGUUCUCUCCGUCUGCAUCGUACUCGUCAUGGUAGUUUUUGGGUUUGGAGUUACACACUUCCUUUUAAAACGAUGUGUACAUGAGAAGGAAACCAAACGUUGUAUCAUUUGAUGAAACCAAUUCCUGCUUCGCUGCUCAAAGUGGAUUUGAAGAAGGAAUCUAGAAGACAGGUUUGUGGAAAGAAGAACAUCCUGUUAGAGGAACUUUAAAUCUCUGGACAGACGAUCAGUCACUACAUUAGAGGACAUCGACUUCAUGGCAGCGCUGCUCUAAGUGUGUUUAACUUUAGUCCACUGACAAAAGGAAUGAUAUUUGUGAAGAUUUUCUUUUGCCCUCAAACCUUUAUGUCCGUCGUCCUCUUCUUGCCUGAAGGAGUGUUCCUUUACAAAUAUACAUGUUUGUUUACUAUAUUGUCCCACAGAUGCCUGUUGCACUGAAUGAUUGUGGGUUCAAACUUCCUCGUCUAACAAGUUUUUGCACUUAAAUGAAACUAAGUUAAAUCAGGUUGCACCUCACAUCAACAAGUGACACUGACUUUUAUCCACCCCAUAAUAACACUAUGCAUUACGUUAAUACACAUCAUGCUCAGUUUUAAAUGUUUAAAUCCUGCACAUCAUGCUACCUCUUUGAAAUCAGCACAACUGUCCACUUUAAUGCAGUAUAUUGUCAUAUUUUACUGCAUUCAGUUUCCCACAUUAUUAUAGUUUGUGUAAAUAUUGUCUUUAAUUAUUUCUGGUUACGUGUUCUUCUUUCUGUCUUUGAAUGCAGCACUUACACCAAAGCUAAUUCUCAGUGACGAGCGGUGAGGUUCAUGGCUGGUGAGGCACGGACUCUUUCAGAGUCACAUUUACAAAUAUUAUAUUCUGACC